CGCGGGCGGUGAACGACAUCAGCUGGCGAGGUUAUAGUGCAACCGUGGAAUCUCGGCGAUUUAUUGUUGCUUUGUGAAGUUAAACGUUUUCUUAUAGGCACAUGGAUACAAACACCACCUCGAGAACUUCGACAAUUCCGCAAAAGAUAAACAUUUGUAGUGCCGGUCUGUGCCCAUGAUUUCUGCAGGCGUGGAGGGAAGACUGCCUUAUAUGACUUAUCCAGAGCCUUGGAGAGGUCCCCCGAAACAACCGUCGGAGUUGUUUCUUCGGCCUGCUCCGAAGCCCUUGCCUCCAACAACAAGUAGAUAUAAUGGUGUUACCACCACGUAUCCCAACGGCACCCGACUAGCUCCACCGCCUCGACCAGUCAGCAAGUAUCCCUCACCACCAGCAACGAUCACUGCUCCCGUAAAUCUAGUUCAAUCCAAAGAGGAAAUCACAGAAGAUAUGUCACCGUACACCACUUACAGGAUGUUUCCCCCAACUCCCCAGUACACACACUUCCCCUAUCCCACCUUGUGCCAACCCCCCUACUUGCAGAUGAGGACUAGUUUCGCCACAACACCCUUAUCUCCUUUAGAAACAUAUUCUCCAACCACGCCGACGGUGACGGCCUCGUUUCUUACGCCACCAAAUUCGUACAGUCCUCCGACUAGUAUAAAACCCGUUAGUACUAGUUUGAGGCCAACGACUCCUUCUGGAUUGAAACCAGCGACUAUUGUGAGGGAUGCGAGGGAGAAGAAGACUCCUCCUUUACAGACGCAAGUCAUCAACGCUCAGAACCUCAAUUCGCAAAAUUCAUCGUUUAAGGUGCCUUCAGGUAAGGAAGGUUCGUUGAAGCACAGAAUUUUGAUCCGACCUGACGAAAUUAGUCCGAGGGGCGCUCCCUUAGAUCUCCAAAAACCCACAGAGGGAAGAAAGCGGCUCCUGGCGACGGCCAAUACGACUGCAACCAUGUCGCCGCCAAGGUCACCUAGAAAACCCUUAAACAAUAAUACCAUAACCGGGAGUUUUGCCAAAGGAUCUUUAAUUCAACUGCACAGCGGCGAGAUGAGGAGGAUAGAAGAUUUGCGAACUGAAGAUUUCAUCUUGUCAGCUGCCAAAAGUGCCGAGGUUAAGUUAGCGGAGAGUACGGUUGUUAAGAUCGAGGAUAACCAGCAGCUGGGCAACACCACGAUUACGCUUACCUACAAUAACAGGCGAGAUCAGGUGGGGAUAGAAUCGACGCUGGAACAACCUUACUUCGUGAUGGGUCAAGGUUGGGCAUCUUGCAGUCCCGAACGCACGCAACGACUAUUCGGUUUGAAGGUGCAUAAGUUACAAGUCGGCGAUGUUCUCAUUUCCCUGACCCCCAGGGAAAAAAUACCGAGCAUUUCCAGGACUGGAACCGGGACGACAAUCAUGACAACGGCAACAACAACCUCGAUGACAGCCAGGCAACAGCACCCCGUUUGCACAGUAACGAAAACACAAAUACCAGUCACGAAGGUUGCCGUACAAACAGUACAAACACAGCCAAUGAACUUGCACCUUCCUUCGAACUAUCCCCCACAACCCCUAUCGCCAGACAGCCUGGCCGCCAGGAAACGAAGGUGGUCAGCCCCUGAUCAAAUAUGUGAUGAAGAAGAACAAAAUAGUGCAAGAAGACACCGAGUCGGAUGAUUUUUGUACAGUGACUAUAUAGUAAUUGUGAAUAAGACUUUUUAACUAAUUAAAUUUUUGUAGGAAUAUUGCUCUAAGAAAGUUUAAUGUUGCUUCUUGAAAUUGAUAUUACUUAUUAUUGCCUUCUAGGCCGGUACUCCUACUCGGUUGCGAUCAAACAUUACUAGAGAUGGGUUGUGAUUUUGGAAUCUGUGAUUUUAGAACCGUGACAUAUUUUCACUGAGUCAGUUACCUGGCUACAAUUUGUAAAAGCAUUACGCAGACUAAAAUAACUGCGUCUGUUAACAUAAAAACUUAUCAAUCU